AUGGCGGAGGGCGCUGGGGCGCUCCGGGAUUCCGCCCCGCGGAGCUUCCGCGGGAGGGCCCUGCGGGACCCCCGCUCUACCCCCGGUAGAGCUCCGGCCGGGGCUGUGUCCCCUUCACCCCUCCACUCUCGGUUCAUCCUUUCCCUUCCUGCAGUGCUGGAGGACGCGGUGGAGGAGUGUGUCAUCAGUGAGGAGUACAAGAUCUGGAGGAAAAACACCCCCUCGUUGUACGACCUGGUGAUACACGCCCUGGAGUGGCCCAGCCUCACGGUUCAGUGGCUGCCUGAUGUGACCAGGCCAGAAGGAAAGGAUUAUGCUCUGCACUGGCUGAUUUUGGGAGCACACACGUCUGAUGAACAGAACCACCUGGUUGUUGCCAGAGUCCAGAUUCCCAACAGUGAACAGUUUGAUGCUUUGCAGUCUGACAGUGAGAAAGGAGAAUUUGGGGGCUUUGGAUCUGUGACUGGCAAAAUUGAGGUGGAGAUUAAAAUUAACCAUGAGGGUGAAGUGAACCAUGCCCAUUACAUGCUGCAGAAUCCCUGCAUCAUUGUGACAAAAACACCAUCUGCUGAUGUGCUGGUGUUUGACUACACUGAACAUCCUUCAAAACCAGACCCAAGUGGAGCGUGUAAUCCUGACCUUAAAUUAAAAGGACACCAGAAGGAAGGCUAUGGCUUAUCAUGGAAUUCAAAUUUGAGUGGACAUCUUCUCAGUGCAUCAGAUGAUCAUGUAAAAACCACAUAUUUUCCCCUGUUUAAAAAAUACAAUCUGAGUCUGCAUUUCAAUAGAAUGUGGCUUAUUUACAGAAUGUGUUUAUGGGAUGUAAGUGCUGGACCCAAAGAGGGCAAGAUUGCUGAUGCAAAAGCUGUUUUUACCGGGCACUCUGCAGUAAUGGAAGAUGUGGCAUGGCACCUGCACCAUGAGUCUCUAUUUGGAUCUGUGGCAGAUGAUCAGAAGCUUAUGAUCUGGGACAUGAGAUCUAAUACCACAUCCAAGCCGAGUCACUCAGUAGAUGCUCACACAGCCGAGGUCAACUGUCUGUCCUUCAAUUCUUACAGCAACUUCAUUCUGGCAACUUGCUCUGCUGACAAGAUGGUGGCUCUGUGGGACCUUUGAAACUUAAAGCUGAAACUCCAUUCUUUUGAGUCUCAUGAGAUUUUUCAGGUUCACUGGUCUUCUCAUAAUGAAACCAUUCUUGCUUCAAGUGGUACUGAUUGUCACCUUAAUGUAUGGGAUCUAAGUAAAAUUGGAGAAGAGCAGUCUGCAGAGGAUGCAGAAGAUGGGCUUCCUGAGCUGCUGUUUAUUCAUGGAGGACACACUGCCAAAACUUCAGACUUCAGUUGGAAUCCUAAUGAGCCUUGGGUAUUCUGUUCUGUAUCAGAGGACAACAUAAUGCAGAUAUGGCAGAUGGCAGAAAACAUUUACAAUGAUGAAGAACCAGAUAUAACAGCAGCUGAACUGGAAGCUCAAGGAAUGUAACUUUUCUUAAAGGAACCAGUGGGCAUGACAUAGUAAUAUAAUUUGACUACUGUAUACAUAAAAUAAAGCCCUGAAAAAAAACCCUCCAAAACCAGAAGCAUUACAUCAAAACAAGAAUAUUCCUAAUUGGAUUAAGCAAGUUGUCAUGGGAUACCCCUGGUUCUUUGGGCAUUUUGAGCUGUUGUUUACUGUACAGCAAUUAGCUUGAGAGAAAAUAAGAAUGACUUAAUGCCUGUCUAUAUUUUUUAAUAAACUCAGUGUGUUGCUGUAAAUAAA